AUGGAGUUUGUAGUCAAUGCUCUGGACGAUUGGAUACUUGACACAUUCUAUGCUGCUUUACCUCAACCAAUAGCGCCCUUUGUUGCUUCUCGCGAUGCUCCAGCCAGACAGGUGUUUACAUUAUGGCUCGUAGGAAUGCUUGGUGGUGUCUUCCUCUACUUUCCAUUCGCCGGAAUGUCGUAUCUCUGGAUAUUCGACCACAAUCUAAAGAAGCAUCCCAAAUAUCUCCCAAACCAAAUCUCAAAGGAAAUAAUAAUGACGCUACAGAAUCUGCCAAUCAUAUCUAUCCUCACUGCCCCAUGGUGGUUUGCAGAGUUGCGUGGAUACUCGAAAUUAUAUGACAGGAUUGACGACUAUGGAUGGGGUUACUUGGCAUUCUCGGCCUUCUUCUUUAUGGCAUUCACGGAUAUGCUUAUAUACAUGAUUCAUAGGGCGGAACAUCAUCCUUCGGUAUACUGGUGGCUACACAAACCACACCACAUGUGGAAGGUCCCUACUCCAUUCGCCUCGCAUGCCUUCCACCCACUGGACGGAUAUGUCCAGUCUCUCCCAUACCAUAUAUUCAUCUUUUUAUUCCCGCUGCACAGCAUGCUGUAUCUGGGUCUCUUUGUCUUUGUGAACUUUUGGACUAUCUCGAUUCAUGAUGGCGCACACUUAUACGGCGGAGGAAUACUCAAUGGUGCAGCACAUCAUACCAUUCAUCACUUAGAGUUCAAUUUUAACUUCGGCCAGUACUUUACCCUGUGGGAUCGUCUCGGUGGCUCGUACAGAUAUCCCGUCGAGGAAUACAAGUCCAACAUGGUCUGGCAUAGACAGCAAAGAGCUAUAGAGUUGGAACGAAUGUCUAAAAAGAACCAAAAGAAUGCUAUAAAUGAUGAUGUCAAUGUCAAAUCGAAUGGUCAUUCGAAUAAGCAUGCGAAUGGUAACGGUCAUGUGAAUGGGACUAGUACUCCACUCAGGAGAUCGCGUCGUCAUGAAUAA